AGUCUCAAACCCAAGUCAUGGAUUUUCUCUCUCGCUGUUAGAGGCAUCUGUAAGCACUUAAAGACUUCUGGACAAAAUGGAUAAAUUAUUCGGAAUGUAUUUAUUACUCAGUAUUGGGAAAGUAAUAGGAAACCAACAUGAGGAAAUAAGUCCUGAAAACAUCACCUGGAUCCUGGACCAGCUUCUUGAAGGCUACGACAACCGACUGAGGCCUGGAUCAGGAGGUUUAGUCACUGAAGUCAAGACAGAUAUAUUUGUCACCAGUUUUGGACCCGUAUCAGAUGUCGAAAUGGAGUUCACCAUGGACAUGUUUUUCCGACAAAUGUGGGUGGACGAGAGGCUGGCGUUUAACGGUCCCUUCGAGAUCCUGCGCUUAAACAACCGCAUGGUGGACAAGAUUUGGACUCCAGACACUUUUUUCCACAACUCGAAGAAAUCCAUGGCUCACAACAUGACGACGCCUAACAAGCUGUUUCGCAUCAUGCAGAACGGCACCGUCCUCUACACCAUGAGGCUGACUGUAAAUGCAGAGUGUCCCAUGAUGCUGAUGGACUUUCCCAUGGAUGGCCAUAUUUGUCCUCUCAGCUUCGGAAGCUAUGCCUACACCAGUAGUGAGAUUGUUUACACGUGGAGGAAAGGCCUGAACAAGUCUGUGGUCGUCCCUCCGGAGUCUUCCAACUUACUGCAGUACGAUCUCAUCUCACAGACGCUUUCCAGCAAAAUACUGAAGAGCAACACAGGCCAAUAUUCUGUCAAGAUGGUUCAUUUCUUCCUCCAAAGGAAACUUGGUUAUCAUCUGAUCCAAACAUACAUCCCUCUCAUCAUGGUGGUUGUCCUGUCCCAAGUGUCGUUCUGGAUCAACAAGGAGUCCGUGCCUGCUCGCACUGUGGCUGGAGUCACCACCGUCCUCACCAUGACCACGCUAAGCAUCAGCGCACGAUCAUCUCUACCCAAAGUGGCCUACGCUACAGCCAUGGACUGGUUUAUCGCUGUCUGCUUCGCCUUCGUUGCCUCGGCCCUGGUGGAGUUUGCCGCCGUCAACUACUUUGCCACGCUGGAGGCCGACAGGAUGAGACGUCGACUCUCCAGAGCGUCCGUGCUGGAGUUCAUCGCUGAAGGGAGUGACGAUGAAGACGAAUCGACGAUAUCUGACACAAGCACAGGACAAAGGAGAAGGAUGAACUCCGCUUCGGAAGCCCCCAAAAUGCGCCUGCCCAUCUUCCUUCAGCAGGGUUCAGCCGUCCCACCCAACAUUGCGCUGGCUGGCCCCAGUGUCAUUGACCAGUACGCUCGUGUGCUGUUCCCACUCGCAUUCGCGCUCUUUAACAUCAUGUACUGGUACAUUUACCUCAGCAAGGAGGCCGUGGAGAAAUUAAGGGAGAUGGACUGAGUUUCUCCAGUGUGCGGCGUGCAGAAGAAUAUCUGUGGCUCUCAAUUUUCCUUCGCUCUUCCCUUCGACUCUUUCUGUUCCGCUCUCCUCUCCUGUCUCUGAGGUCUGAUGACGUCUGAUAGAGCACAGGCCUGUGUGACAGCUUGACGAGUGUGUGUAUUCUGUCACCCAUAUGGGUCUGUGAUCACACCCAUGCCCCAUGUUCCCUCUCUGCUGGAUUUUUAACCCUGUGCAUGGAGAAAUGUGUCCUGCUUCUGUGGCUGAGUGAGCCACACACACACACACACACACACACACACACACACA